AUGCCCUCAAUUAACCGCAUCAAGUUCCUCUCAAUCCACUACGCCUACAUCAUAUCCUGGACUCUAUUUGCCUCUGUUUUGAUAUACGUUCUGGGUGGAAUAAGCUAUAUCGAUGCGCUGCUGCUUGCAUCAGGGGCUGCAACCCAGAGCGGAUUAAAUCCCGUGAACCUGGACCGGCUCAGCAUUAGCCAGCAGGUUGUACUAUGGGCCGUGGCGAUGGUGACGAAUGUUGUUUUUGUGAACUCGUUGCUUGUCCUGUUUCGUCUGUGUUGGUUCCCAGGACGAAGCUGGGGCGGUAUCCCUGAGGCCAAGAUGCCUUUGUUGGGGGGCGUCCGUCAGGACAAGGGAUAUGGGACUAUCGAGAGGAUGGGGUCCUGUGAAGUAUCGAAUAAAGCAGAGAUUCAUGGGCCUGUUCGAUAUCAAACACGAAUCGAGUCGCCUUGGCAGUCUUUAACUGUCAGUUCCGACUGGGAUGAAGACGAGCUCGACGUUGAGUAUAGAGCUCUAAAGGCAUUGCUUUUCAUCCUAUUUGGGUAUUUUGUCAUGUUCCAUCUGAUUGCAGCAUCGGUCCUCGCUUUGUGGAUUCGUUUCAACCCAUUCUAUGGCGAACUUCUCAUGACCAACGGCAUUGACAGAUCGUGGUGGGCGAUAUUCACGGCCUCCUCUGCCUUCAACGAUCUGGGGUAUACCCUAACUGCAGAUUCUAUGGCGUCGUUCCGUGGAGCUGCUUUGCCCCUGAUUGUAAUGACCUUUCUGAUUGUGAUUGGGAACACUGGGUUCCCGUGCAUGCUUCGAUUCAUCAUCUGGAUGCUGUCCAAGGUUACACCGCGCGGAGGCUCUCUUCGUAAAGAAGUGCGCUUUCUAUUGGAUCGUCCUCGGGGAUGCUUUAUGUUGCUUUUUCCUGCUGCAGAUACGUGGAGACUUGUGGGCGUUCUUGGACUAUUGAAUGUGGUUGAUUUGGUGAUUUUUAUUGCCUUGGAUCAACAGCACUAUGGCACACCUGGUAUUCAAAUACUCAACGGUGUAUUCCAGAUUGCCUCCACCCGCACGGCUGGAUUCACGAUAGCCUCUCUGCGUGACCUUUGCCCAGCUGUGCAAGUCUCCUUUGUCGUGAUGAUGUACAUCUCCGCAUUUCCAACAGCAGCGACUGUGCGAAAGACCGACACAUACAAGGGGGGUAUGGGAGACGCAGACAUGGACGUCAAUUCCCCAAAGUCACUUAUCGCACACAUACAAGAUCAACUGGGUUUCGACAUCUGGUACAUCUUCCUGGGAAUAUUCCUCAUCGCAAUCGCAGAGGGUCGUCAUCUGCAUGAUCACACCAACCAGGAUGUUUCAUUAUUUGCCAUCCUAUUCGAGGUCGUGUCUGCGUACGGGACCGUGGGCCUUUCUCUGGGAUAUCCCGGGACAGAGACAGGAUUGUGUGCGCAGUUUGGGGUUAUGUCGAAGAUCGUACUCGUUGCGAUGCAAGUGCGCGGUCGGCAUCGGGGACUUUCCAAAAACGCGGUUAUAUUUCCUGGGCUGGCUGAAGGUCGAGAAGAUAGUACGUUGGAAAGAGAGAGAUUGCUGUUGGCAGUGCCGUAA